AUGGACGCCUCGCACUCGGUUGUUGCCCAGCUUACCGAGGAUGCUCGUAGUGAGAGCAUGGCCUCCCAGAAUUCCCAGACCGCGAAAGAGUUUAUUGAUUCCCAGCUCCAGCUAGAGGCAGAUGCACGCGAGGCUCUUCCUUAUGCCUUUGACUCUUGCACACAUGACCUUGGACCAUUGCGACAAGUCCUAUUUGCAUGCCUCACCUGCAAUCCUCCCCCUACUGACUCCAACAAAUCCUACACCGCUGCCGCCGUCUGUUACUCGUGUUCAAUCGCUUGCCACGGCGAGCAUACUCUAGUCGAGCUCUUCAACAAGCGCAACUUUGUCUGCGACUGUGGAACCACCCGUUUGCCAUCAACUUCUUGCUGCACACUGCGUGAGGAUCCUGUAACCGGCAAGAAAGGUGUGCACUCCCAAGAGGCUGCAGCAGGCAAUGCAUACAACCAUAACUUUCGCAAUCAGUUCUGUGGCUGCGGUGAACAGUACGACGCGUAUUCAGAAAAAGGGACAAUGUACCAGUGCUUGGGACUUGGCACUGUCGAGACCGGAGGCUGUGGCGAGGACUGGUGGCAUCCGGAGUGUCUCAUCGGCUUGUCGCGUGACUGGAACAAGCCUGCCCCCAAGGUCAAUGGAAUCGGCGGCGGCGAUGCCACAAAUGAAGAUUCUGUUGCGGAGGAAGAAGAUCCGCUCCCACCUGGGUUUCCCGCAGAGGAUGAUUUCGACCAUCUGAUUUGCUUCAAGUGCAUCGACUCUAACCCCUGGAUCAAGCCCUAUGCGGGCACUCCUGGCUUUUUGCCGCCAGUUUUCCGGGAGGGUGGAUUCAAGAAAGCCGCGAAUGUGACUGAGCCAAAUGUGACGGAGGCUCCUUUUGUACCAGCCACCGAGCAUAAGGAAACUGAGCCCAAGGAGAUCGAUUCUAAGGAAACCGAAUCUAAGCACCAGGAGAAGAAGGAAAACUCAAAAAAGCGCAAAGUAGAUGAUGAAGGGCCCACUGAAGGAGAGCCGGUUACUAAGCGAACUAAAGAAGAAGAAGCUUCUGUCGAGGAACAGCUAUCGAAGGUCGUGAAGGAAGAGGAGCCUACCAAGGAAGAAAACGACAAUCCUACGAAGCACUCUUCCCCUAAGCACACCGAGCUCCCCAAGUCCAUUCCAAUGGAGUCUUUCUCUCUUUUUGCCCUGGAUGAUUUCCAUAGUCAGCUGUGCCGCUGCGCAGAGUGCUUCCCCAAGCUUGUUCCCUACCCCCAGCUUCGCGAAGAAGAAGAUACAUAUGAGCCUCCUAUGUCUGACGAUGGCCAGGCUAAUGGUGCCGCAAGUGUCGGUACGGGCAGCAUAUACGAUCGCGGCGAGGCAGCACUUAACAACAUGGAUCGGGUGCGUGCCAUCGAGGGUGCAAUGGCAUACAACCAUUUGCGUGACAAGCUGAAGGUCUUCCUGCAACCCUUCGCUGAGAGUGGACAGGCUGUCAGUGCGGAAGACAUCAAGGGCUACUUUGAGGCGCUACGUGGUGAUGAGCAGGGUAUCAAAGAUGCCGCUAAUCACGCUUCUACUGUGGGUCGUGACGGCAAGGAUGACGCCAGCGGAGGCAAGCGACACGAACAGAAUGGUAAGUGA